AUGGUAUUUGCUGCAAAAGAAAUCAAUGAAAACCCUCAGAUCUUACCCAAUGUCUCCCUGGGCUUUCAAAUCUAUGACAGCUAUUUCAGUGCAAAAUCGACCUACCGUGCCACGCUGCAAUUUAUGUCCUCUCGAAAGACAUUUGUUCCUAACUUUCAAUGUGACACCCAGAAAAAUCUGCUAGCAGUCAUUGGAGGACUGGACUCCCAAACCUCCCUUGACGUGGCGACAAUCUUGGGCAUCUAUAAGAUUCCACAGCUCAUAUAUGGGUCUGCUCCAGUGACAGAUACACAUCCAGACCUUGCCCUCUACCAGAUGUCCACUAACGAAGCACUUCAGCAUGCAGGGAUUCUGUCUUUAUUGCUAUAUUUCAAGUGGACAUGGAUUGGCAUCCUUGUUAAGGAUAAUGACGAUGGAGAAAGAAUUGUGCAGAGUUUACUUCCAGAGUUUUCCAAGCAUGGUAUCUGCUUUGCCUUCAUAGGAUAUUGCCCCGGGGGGACUUUUUACACUGAAGUUCCUCACACAUUUGAACAGGGGGCAAAAAUACAUGCUCAAAUAAUGGGCAGCAAAGCGAAAGCAUUUGUAGCAUUUGGAGAAUCUUAUUCUGUCAAUGACCUAAUGUGGUUGCCAUAUUUGUCAAAUGGAGAAAACAUGCCAUGGAAAGCAAAAGGUAAAGUGUGGAUACUGGCAGCCCCAAUGGAGUUCAGUUUAUAUGUUUAUCAAAGAGUUUUUGAUACAGAUGAAAUCCAUGGUAUUCUGGCUUUCCAAGUUCAUUCCAGUAAUCUUCCAGGAUUCCAUAAAUUUGUUGAGAGAAGAAACCCUUACAACACUGAAGGAGAUGGCUUUAUACAGAAAUUCUGGCACCAUGUCUUCGACUGUAAAUUCCCAAAUCAAAUUCAGGGGCAGGAAAUGAGAGAAGAAGCAGAGAUUUGCACAGGGCAAGAGAAGCUGGAGAGCCUUUCUGCAGGUUUUUUUGAAAUGAGCAUGACUGGCCACAGCUACAGCAUUUACAAUGCUGUCUAUGCUGUGGCCCAUGCUAUACAUGCCAUGCUAUCAUUCACAGCCAGGCAUGGAAGAGUGAUAAAUCCAGAGAACUUGAAUAUUCCAGGUCAAGAACAAUGGCAGCUUUUAGUUCCAGCAGAUAUUCUUGUGGUCUGCAAACUCGCUAUGCACAGACUGGAAGGUGUUGAGUACAGAAUUUGUUUCUGGAAGUUCAUCAGGCCGCCUUCCUUUGCAUGGUCCUCUGCUUCCUUCCUUGUGUCUGAUGAACAUGACAGCAGCAGCCUCCAUCACUUCCUUAGAGGUGUUGCCUUUAACAACAGUGUUGGAGAACACAUUUCAUUCAACAAGAAUGGGGAACAACCUGUUUCCAUAUGUAGUAACAGUUGCCAGCCUGGUUAUUUCAAGAAAGUGAAGGAGGGAGAGCCUUUUUGUUGUUACGAUUGCAUCCCAUGUCCAGAGGGGAAGAUUUCAUCUCAAAAGGACUCGAAUGACUGCUAUAAAUGUACAGAUGAACAAUUUCCAAGCAAAAACCAGGAUAUUUGUAUUUCCAAGUACAUCAUCUUCUUGUCUUAUGAAGAUCCUUUGGGACUCAGCUUAGCCCUCUUUGCUUUUUCUCUCUCUUUGAUCACAGCUCUGGUGUUGGGAACAUUUAUCAAGCGCCACAACACGCCAAUUGUCAAAGCCAACAAUCGCAGCCUCUCCUACACUCUUCUCAUCUCCCUUCUGCUCUGCUUCCUGUGUUCUUUGCUAUUCAUUGGCCAGCCUGAGAUGGUGACCUGCCUCCUGCGCCAGACUGCUUUUGGCACCAUCUUUUCAGUGGCUAUUUCUUGCAUCCUAGCCAAGACCAUCACUGUGGUUCUGGCUUUCAUGGCUACCAAACCAGGAAGCAGGAUAAGGAAAUGGGUGGGGAAAAGACUGGCCAUCUUCAUUGUUCUUUCCUGCUCUCUUGUCCAAGGAGGAAUUUGUGCUCUGUGGCUAGCAACGUCUCCUCCAUUCCCAGAUGUUGACACGCACACAAUCACUGAAGAACUUAUACUGAAAUGUAAUGAGGGGUCUGUGACUUUUUUUUACUGUGUGUUGGGCUAUAUGGGUUUCCUGGCCAUUGUCAGUUUCACCGUGGCUUUCCUUGCCAGGAAACUACCUGACACUUUCAAUGAAGCCAAGUUCAUUACUUUCAGCAUGUUAGUGUUUUGCAGUGUUUGGUUAUCCUUUGUUCCAACCUACUUGAGCACUAAGGGGAAAUACAUGGUAGCUGUGGAGAUCUUCUCUAUCUUGACCUCUGCUGCUGGGCUUCUGUUUUUGAUUUUUUGCCCUAAAUGCUAUGUACUUUUGCUGCAUCCAAAGUUAAACAACAGGGAAGGAUUAAUAUGGGGAAAUAUUCAAAGCAGAUAA